CACGUGACUAUGGGGAUGACGUCACUGAGAGUACCAAGAUGGCCACCCACUGAAUGGCUAUAUGUAGCGGGGAGUACCAAGAUGGCUCUGUUGGAGUUUGAGAAGCGGAUAGUAUGUCGCACGGACACAGUCAUGGCGGGGGCUGCGCUUGUGCAGCUGAGCGAACAGAAACCCCGGAGCGCGGGCUAGAGUACGGGCUGUACCGUAAGAUUGACCUAUACAAGCUGCAGUGUCUGAACGAAAGUGUGGAGGGGAGCGGGAAGGGAGUGUUCAAGGCCUGGGAAGAACGUGCAGACCGGAGCCGGUUUGUAGAAAGCGAUGAUGAUGCAGAAUUGCUGUUCAACAUCCCGUUCACUGGCAAUGUAAAAUUAAAAGGGAUUAUUCUAAUUGGAGAGGACAGUGAUACCCACCCUUCAGAAAUUAGAUUAUUUAAGAACGUUCCUCACAUGAGCUUUGAUGAUGUUGGAAGGGAAGCUGACCAAGUUUUCAGUCUAAAUAUUGACACCACCGGAGAACUAGAAUAUCCUACUAAAAUUUCUCGUUUUUCAAAUGUAUCUCAUCUUUCUAUUCACAUUUCCAAAAACUUUGGAGCUGAAAACACCAAGAUUUUCUACAUUGGAUUAAGAGGAGAGUGGACAGAGGCACAUCGACAUGAAGUCACAAUCUGCAACUAUGAAGCUGCUGCAAAUCCAGCUGACCACAAAAUAUCACAGAUCAAUCCUCAGACUCAUUUUAUCUCCUAGAUCAAGUGCAGCAAACCUUAACCUUGCUAGAAUAAACCUGUUCCAUCAUAACUUUGCUUGAUGUUGAUGUAACAUAUGACAAUUUUACUAUAUUUUCUUGAGAGAGGAAUAAAAACUGGAAAAUGUUAGGAAAUAGCAUGCGCUAAUACUGAAUAAUGGCUUUAUGAAUGAC